AUGGGAAUAUUUAACGAACAAUCUCUUGAUCAUCCCUUUGCUAGGGGAAUUCAAGGCGCCCCAGGAGUUGGAUUUAAUCUCACUUCAAGUGGGGAUUAUGAUAUGAUAAAUAAAAAACUAAGAAAUGUUGGUGCACCUAGUGCUAAUACUGAUGCUGUUACAAAGAAAUAUGUUGAUGAUAAUUCCAGUGGAUCAGUUGAUGGUAGUGUCUUUUUAAAACUAGAUGGAACAAGAAAAAUGACUGGAAAUCUAGAUAUGGACAACAAUCAAAUAUUAAAUCUGCCAGCUCCAGGGGGUCCCAAACAACCAACACCAUUAGCUUUCACAGAUUUGAAGUAUCUCCACGUUGGUGGAACAAAUAAAAUGACUAAUAAUCUAAACAUGGACAAUAAAGGUAUAAUUCAUUUAAAACCACCAACAAAUGACACAGACGGCGCAACCAAAAAGUAUGUGGAUGACUCAAUACCUGAUACUAGUUCUUUUAUAAAAAAGGAUGGAAGUGUAUCAAUGACUGGAAACCUAAAUCUUGGAAACAAAAAAAGAGUUGGUCUUGCUACUCCAACAUCAAAUACAGAUGCUGCAACCAAAAAGUAUGUGGAUGAUAAUGCUGGAAGUCCAGAUUUGAGUGAUUAUUUGGAAAAAGAUAGUUCCGUCGCUAUGACUGGAAACCUUAAUCUUGGAAGUAAUAAAAUAGUUGGUCUCGCAACUCCAACGUUAAAUACAGAUGCUGCAACCAAAAAGUAUGUUGAUGAUAAUGCUGGAAGUCCAGAUUUAAGUGAUUAUUUGGAAAAAGAUGGUUCCGUCGCUAUGACUGGAGAACUUAAUGCUGGUGGUAAUAAAAUAAUAAAUAUUGGUAAACCACUCCAAAAUAGUGAUGCAGUAAACAAAGGUUACGUCGACAAACUAGUUCAUAAAACUGCAGUCCAACCAAGCCAUUAUAAAAAUGAGUUUAGUUAUCUUAUGUCAAGUGGAUCUCAAUGGACUGAUGAAAUAGAUGGUGGAAAUAGUUUUAGUAUAGAUAAGAUAGAUGACUUACCACCAAACAAAGGAAACUUUCACGACUAUAAUCACAAAGUUAUUUACAUGUCUAUAUAUAAGCGAUUUCUGUAUGGAUUUAAAUUUAAGAUGGGAAUGAAUUUUUUCCGACUACCUACAAAUACUGAUUACACAUUGUGUCUGGAGUUAAUCAACACAAAUAUGACCCUUUGGGAUAAGACUCAAAUAAGUGUUGACAAAGGAACUUCAACAGGAUUAUCAAUUGGAAAUGUAGGUAUAAGAAAACUAUCCCAUAGGUAUACUGAUUCAACAGGGAAAAAAAAAGUUAUGUACUAUCAUAGAAUAAUAGUUAAUGUUCGAAAGUUGUUUACUAGUGGACCCUUUCUUCACAUUCUUGUUAAUAUUCCACUGAUUAGAUUUUUACAGUCUACAUUUUCACGUAAAUUUUCAGGAGUUUACCUGAUUGCCAAUGGUAUUAUGGGUACAUUUAGCAUUAUCGAUCCAGAUAAAGUUUACGAUUAUCACACCGCAUUUGACAUCAAACCAACAGAAGUAGUGUAUAAUGUUGAUAUUAAUGCAAAUCAAAAAGCAAUUAAAAAUAUUAAACUUGAGCGACAAAGUGACAAUAGUGCUGCAACAGUUGCAUUAGUAAAAGAACUAGCUCCUUUUACUAAAAAUGCUUGGUAUAGAUUAUACUUUAGUGAGUUCUAUGACUUUGCUGAUGCGGAUAGUUACCGAAUAAAUAUAGGUUCAUCUGGAGUUAUUAUUAAUUCUUUAAAACCUAAUAUUACACUACCAGCUAAUUAA